AUCCCUAAUAGCUCUCUCUCCACGCUUUUCCUGGCUUCCCCUCUUCUUACCGGGGGCAACCCUCUCGCUGUCUCUCUCUCUCUCUCAGUUGAAGGGAAUUAGGUUGGAAGAAUCCAAAAGUGGAACUCUAUCUGAGAGGAUGGCAGAUGAGUCUCAAGAUCCCACAGAAGUGCCUCCGGAGAAGGAUGUGGAAGUAGUCUCUGUGGGGGAGCCAAAUGCCGGGAAACAAGCAGGCGAGCCCGAGUAUCUGCCGGAGCCAGAGCCUGGUGGCGAUCAGAAGACAACUGGAGCAGAUGAGGGAGUCCCCCGUGUGGGGAUGGUCUUCAAGACCUUUGAAGAAGUGUAUGACUUCUAUAACCAAUAUGCUCGUCAUACCGGAUUCGGUACUAAGAUUAGGAGGUCUUGGUACAGCCUCGAAGAUGGGCAAUGCAACAAGGUCACUUUCACCUGUUGCAAGGAGGGCAAGAGGGUGUACAAGAAUUCUGAGCGCUGCAGCUCGUAUCGCUUGAGGCUUUCAGCUAGAACAGAUUGUCAGGCAAAGAUUAAAGUGCAGAAGAGGUAUGCUGAUGGGUUAUUCCAUUUGACGGAGGUUGUUCUUGAACACAACCAUCCUGUUAACCCAGCGAUGUCGAAGUAUUUUCGGUCCCAUAAAGACAUAUAUGAUGGAAUGAAAAGGCAACCCGUGAUGCGCACAAAGGGACAGAGAGAGCUUGCAACUGGUGAAAACGAGGAUGAAAGUUCUGCUGGAAAAGCACGGUCUUCUUCUUUCCUUGGACGGGAAGAUGUUGAAGCCCUUCAGCAGUUUUUGAUUCAAAUGCAGACUAUAAAUGCAAACUUCUUCCAUCUGAUGGAUUUCGAUGCAGAAGGACGUGCUAGAAAUGUGUUCUGGGCUGAUGGUAGGUCUAGGGCUGCGUAUCAGUAUUUUGGUGAUGUCAUUGCAUUUGAUACAAGCUACUUGACAGGCAAUUUUGAAACACCUCUGGCUUCAUUCGUAGGAGUGAAUCAUCAUGGUCACUUAGUGUUGCUAGGCUGUGCAUUGCUUUCGAAUAGAAGUUCUGCCACAUACAGGUGGUUAUUUAAAGCAUGGUUGUCAUGCAUGUCAGGAGUUCCUCCUAAUGCUAUAAUCACUGACCAUUGUAAGGCCAUACAAGAAGCAGUUGUUGAGGUCUUCCCAGGUGCUCGCCAUCGUUUAUGUUUAUGGCACAUAAUGAAAAGGAUGCAAGAAUAUUUGGGAGGGCAUGCUGAAUAUAAGGUGAUCAAAGGAAUGAUGAAAAAAGCAGUGUAUGACUCAUUAGAAAUUGAUGAGUUUGAAGAAGUUUGGAAAAAUAUGAUUGAGAAGUACGGGCUUAAAGAACAUGAAUGGCUUAAGUCGCUAUAUGAAAACAGAUAUUGUUGGGUCCCAGCUUUUGUGAAAGACGCGUUUUGGGCAGGGAUGUCUACCACACAGCAUAAGGAAAGUAUGACUUCUUUUUUUGAUGGAUAUAUUUACCCAAAGACUUCUAUAAAGCAAUUUCUUUGCAAGUAUGAGACAGCUAUACAAAGUAAGUAUGAAAAGGAAAUCCAAGCUGAUCUAGAUUCUUUCAGCAAGAGCCCCCAAUUGAUAUCGAAAUUCUACAUGGAAGAUCAGCUGCGCAAGAUUUACACAGUUGACAUGUUCAAAAAAUUCCAAGAAGAAGUAAAGGCAAUAUUGUAUUGCAUACCUUCACUAGUUAGGGUAGAUGGGCCUGUCUCUACCUUUGAAGUGAAAGAACCUAUACAAAUGAAAGACGGUAAUAUGAUGGAAAACAGAAAUUAUGAAGUUAUUUAUAACUCACAGGAGCAGGAUCUGCGAUGCAUAUGUUGUUCUUUCCAAUUUAGAGGUAUUAUAUGUAGGCAUGCAUUAUCAGUGCUUAACUUUCUGGAGAUGUAUGAAAUCCCAUCCCAAUUUAUUCUGGAACGGUGGCGAAAGGACUAUAAGUACAUUCAUAUCUUGUCUUCUUCUUCUAAUGAUUCACUAGCCAAUGGUCCCAUGGAGCGCUACAAUAAUAUAUAUAAGUUUUGCCUAAAAUUUGCUGAGGUAGGGGCAAGUAUUGAUGAUAAUUAUGAGGUUGUAAUGAAAAUUCUAAGUGAGGGAAUGGAGGAACUGAUUGCAAGUGAUUGCUUAAUUAGUGAUCCUGAACUCAGGACCUAUACCAUGAAUGGCAAAAGAAGUUUGAUUAAUGAAAAUGAUGAGAUCCAUGAUCAAGUGCAAGUAAGGCGGAAAGGUCAGCCACUGAAAAAAAGGAAAGAAUCUCUUGUAGAAAAGAUAGUUAAGACGAGCAAGAAAAAGGUCUGUCAAAGAAAACCAACAGUGGGUGGUCAAAGCGAUAUACUUCGUAUUGCCCCAGAUGCGCCGCAGUUCGACACUCCCAUCUGGACACAAGAAACCAUCAGUCUAACGGAACAAGUAAACCCAACCAACUUAUCAAUUGGUAGCCAUUUUGGAGUACCAGUGAACCACCAACAUGCACUUGACAAUCAGUCAGGAAUGCGCUGGAGUUUUCAACAAAUGUUUCAGCAAGCUCAUACACAAGAGACACCUCCUGGCCCAUGGGCUGGGUAGAAUAGGGGGGAAUCAAAUUGCAGAAAGGCAGCCAUAGAGUGCAAGGAUUCUUGUGUAUUGAAUCAAGGGGGUGGUGCGUAUCCAUAUUGGAGCCCUGUGACAAGGCAAGAAAUUGCCCCGGAGGGUGGCUAAGGUGUGAGCUUGUGCUGCUAGGAAAAGCGAAUGCAUAGUUUUGUAUAGAUGACGACUCCUUUUAUGACAUUUUUUUUCUUUUUGAACGGCCUAGUCAUGUUGGGUUCACGACUGAAAUUGUCCAAUCUACGGAUAUGCUUGUGUUGCUUCUUCUUGAUGUCAGAGACCAUCACUAAUGCAUGCUCAAAUCGAAGAUCUCACAAAUUGAGAGUUUCAACUGA